AUGACCAGUUCAAUUAGUUCGAAUGCCCCUGGCAAAAAGGUGGACAUGUCUGAGGCCGCCAUGGCGGCUUAUCGACGACGCAUCGCAACCCACAACUAUGCUCUACCUAGCGACCCCGUGAUUGGUAUUUCCAAGGAGUCUUCGCUGUCUUCUGCCAUCCUAGCCACUCAGGCCGACUUGAUGCCCAAGCUGUGGCACCCGGAGGAGUCCCCCACUGCGCUCAAGGCCUCUGCGUUGGCCAACAAAACGGACAACAGCCCCAAAAUCUGGCAGCCCACGCUCUCAGCCGACGCCGCGACUGCCGCACUCAAGUCUAAAGAACACACCAAGAUCCCGCACCAUGAGCCGGCCCCAUUGUCCAAGUCCGCUUCCAAGGCGGCCCUGCAGGCGGCUGAGACCACUGGCGAGGAGUACGGCGCCAAGUACCUCAAAGACGGCUACGAGUUCACCAACCGCCUCAAAGAGCCUGCUGGUGAGUGGGCUCAUCUGGCGGCUACCCGUAUCAACCAGACUAGUACUCUGCGCAAGGAAGAUGAGCGGCUCGCUGAACAAAGCAGUGCUGCCGCGCUCAAGCAGGGCGGUACCAACGAGCAGCUGGAGCGCAUGGACAUUGUCAAGAUCGAAAGUCUGGCUCGCGAGCGGGCCCGAAAGACCCUCUCUAACGUGUACCUAGACCUCACUCGCGACCGGCUUGCUUUCAAGGGAGCAAACGCCGUUAACCAACCCCCUCCCGAAGACCCGAAAAUGCUCGACUAUUUGGGCGAGCAGCAGUACUGGCAGCGACAGGACGUGUUGAGUCUUGUGUCAAUUGCCGACCGUAAUGUUAAAUCUCAGCUCGCUGCCAUCAACAAGGACGUCGCCGACAAGUCUAUUGGCGGCACCCUCGAGGCCCAGCGAAAGGCAUUUGCCCUGGCUUCUGAAAACUACCAGAAGCGCACGGUUCACCUCGGUAAAGUCAAUGUCGGUGGUGGUCUUUUCAUGACCCAGGAGGAGAUUGACGACAUUGCUCGUCGCAACGUUCAGCCCACUCUCGAUGAGGUCACCGAGGUCGCCGCUGAGAAACGCGAAGCCGACCGUAUUGAGGCAGAACGCCUUGCUGAGGAACGUCGCAUCCAGGACGAGGAGCGCGAAAAGAAAGAGCAAGCUCGUCGCAAGGAACAUGAGGAACGUGAGCAGGUCCGUCGUGAGACGCUGAAUGCCCGGUUGGUUGCUCAGGAGAAGAUGCGUGGCGAACGUGCCGCAGCCAAGGAGGAAAAGCGCCAACAAGCUGCUGCCGUCAAAGAAGCCAAGAUGAAAGAGCGUGAAGAACAACGCCGCAUCCAGAUGGAACAGAAGGAAAAACUCCGUGCAGAGGCUGAAGAGCGCGCAGCCGCCCGUAGAGCCGAGGCCGAGGAGCGUGCUAUUCAGCGUCGCUUGGAAUCUGAGGCUCGCACUCAGGCCAAGGCUGCCAAACGUUUAUCUGCUGCCUCCGUCCCCGUAGCUGCUAGUGUACCUGCCGCUGUUUCAGCCGCUCCAGAGGCGCUGGCUAAUCCUGUUUCCACUAGUGCUGCUGCCAAUGCUUCCGCUCCUGCUGCUGCUGCCGCUGAUGCUGAUGCUACUGCCGCUGCUGCUCCUGCUGCGGCUUCUCCUGAUGUUGGUGGCACUUCUGCAAUUGCCAGCACCGCUAAUCCCGUCAGCGAUGCCCAGGAUCUUGCUCCUCCUACCCGCACAGUUUCUGCUGCAUCUCCCAAGAAGGCUUCCGCUAAAGGUUCUAGUGGAUCUCGAUUCAAAAAAUGGUUCACAACUGCUUUGACUGGUGCAGCUGCUGGCGGUGCGGCUGCUGGCGCCGCCGUCGGUGGUGUACCCACUAAGCCCAGCUCUCCUUUCGUAGAACGUCCCGAGAAGCCUGAGGCGCGUGAGAAGAUUAAGCCUACUGCAGUUGAGGAGGUUGACGACGCUGAAACCGAGGCUGAUAAUAAGCAGCUGGCUGAUUACAAGUUAGAAGCUCGUCGCUUGAAGAUUGACCGCCAGUCUUAUGAAAAAGUUGUCGAGAAUGCUGGUGAUGUUCGCCGCGAAUCCGAGGCACUGGUCGAGUCCCUCAAGAAGAAGCUCGAGGAGGUUCCCGAAGACGCUGCUGAAGAGGAAAAGGCCGACUUGAACAAGGAAAUUGAAGAGGCUGAGGAGAAGCUCAAGGAUGCCACUGCUGCUGAAGAGCGGGCCAAGGAGGAAAUGCUUGGGGCCGUGUCACGUCACCGCGAGGCCAAGUCUAAGUAUCACGAGCUCAACAAGGUUGUAGCUGAGAAGGCCGAGGCCAGGGCUAAGGCUAAGGCUGAGGCUGAAGCUGAGGCCAAGGCUAAGGCUGAGGCUGAAGAAGCUGAGGCUAAGGCUAAGGCUGAAGCUGAGGCCAAGGCUAAGGCUGAGGCUGAAGAAGCUGAGGCUAAGGCUAAGGCAGAAGCUGAAGCUGAGGCUAAGGCUAAAGCUGAAGCUGAAGAAGCUGAAGCUAAGGCCAAGGCUGACGCUGAAGCUGAGACCAAGGCUGACGCUGAAGCUGAGACCAAGGCUGACGCUGAAGUUGAGACCAAGGCUGAAGCUGAUAAGGCUGACAAUGAGACUGAGGCAAAGGGCGAUGUUGAAGCUGAUACCAAGGAUGAAGUCGAGAACAAGGCUACAGCUGAUGUCGAGACCGAGGCUAAGGAGGUUGCCGAAGAGGCCGCAAAAGAGAACGGCGCCAAGCCUGAUGAGAAUGUCGCAAGCGAAAAGCCCAACGUUCAGAGCCCCAAAGAGGACAAAUUCGCCGGCUUCGAGUCUAGUAAUGUCAAAUCUGACGAGGGGAUGUUUAAGGAGGACAUCUAA